ACAAGUGUGUGCGGAACGCCAGACCUUUACUCAUCUUAGAUAAAACUUGUUACCUCUGCCCAAACACGGCCAAGUUUCCGACGUUAGCUGAUCAUGCAGUUGAAUGUUAAGUGGCCAGAAAGUUUAGGUGGUAUGCAGUACUCCUUGGUUUCCUCGUGUUCUAAUUUUUUGGAUCUAUAAGAAUUAAUUAUACUAACCCCAUUAAUGUUUGUAGUGAUUGUUCAAGUAUCUUGUAUGUUCGUAGCUGAAUCUACUAAUCACACGAAAAAAAAGUUAGGUGGAUGGUACGGAUGCUGAUAACUAUAUAUAAAACCCCGAAAUUCUUGAAAUGACGAAAACAUCGUUUGUAUGAACCACAAGAAUGGCUCCACAAGUGACAUGUCUAACUCAGCUAGCAGAGGAGAACUCCCUCCACCAAAAAUUCAUCAGGGAUGAGGAUGAGAGGCCUAAGGUGGCCUACGACCAAUUCAGCGAUGAUAUUCCGCUGAUAUCGCUUGCUGGAAUUGGGGAAAGCAGCAGCGAGAGGGCUGAGAUAUGCCGGAAAAUAGUGGCAGCCUGUGAGGAGUGGGGCAUUUUCCAGGUAGUUGAUCAUGGGAUUGACUCCAAGCUCAUAGAGGAUAUGACUCGUUUGGCUCGUGAGUUCUUCGCUUUGCCUGCGGAAGAGAAGCUUCGGUUCGACAUGUCUGGAGGGAAGAAAGGUGGCUUCAUCGUCUCUAGCCACCUCCAGGGGGAAGCUGUGCAGGACUGGCGUGAAAUCGUGACAUACUUUUCUUACCCGGUUAAGGCCCGAGACUACUCGAGGUGGCCCGACAAGCCGGCGGGUUGGCGGGUCGUAACAGAGGCGUACAGCGAGCAGUUGAUGGGUUUGGGUUGCAAACUGUUGGAGAUUUUAUCGGAAGCCAUGGGUCUUGAAAAGGAUGCACUGUCUAAAGCUUGUUUGGAAAUGGAUCAGAAAGUGGUUGUCAAUUUCUACCCGAAAUGCCCACAACCGAAUCUCACUCUGGGCCUCAAGCGCCACACGGAUCCGGGUACCAUUACUUUGCUGCUCCAGGAUCAGGUGGGCGGGCUGCAGGCGACCCGAGAUGGUGGCAAGACAUGGAUCACGGUUCAGCCCGUGGAGGGGGCUUUCGUGGUCAAUCUUGGUGACCAUGGCCAUUAUCUAAGCAACGGGAGGUUCAAGAAUGCGGACCAUCAAGCAGUAGUGAACUCGAACUUGAGCAGACUAUCAAUCGCAACAUUCCAGAAUCCAGCUCCGAAUGCCAUAGUUUACCCGUUGAAGACGAGGGAAGGCGAGACGGCGGUGAUGGAGGAGGCGAUCACGUAUAUGGAGAUGUACAAGAGGAAGAUGAGCAGGGACCUUGAACUAGCCAGGCUCAAGAAACUGGCUAAGGAAAAUAAGGAAGAGGAGCUGGAGAAACCCAAACUUAAAUCCUGCAAUGCUCUUCAACAACUUCUAGCUUGAUGUUUGUGUACUGCAUCUCUAACAUUAUGUGUGUGUGUUGCUUUGUGGUUUGUUUGGUUUUGUCUUGUAAUGAGUUAUAGACAUGACAUGAUAAAAUAAAAAUAUUAAUUC